GUUCCAGCACCAGACUCCCUCUGGAAAACAAAGAGAACACUGUCCGUCACACACACGAACAUCUUUUAAAUGGUUGGACUGUAGUGCACCAGGAGCUGCAGCAGCAGCAGCAGGGAUGAGGAUCCGGCUACAGGGUCACGGCCACGCUGCCAGCCUUCUCGCCGAGCUCAACCGCUGCCGCCAAUCACGCCAGUACUGUGAUGUGUUCCUGCAAGUUGGCAACCGCACGUUCGCAGCGCACCGUGCGAUGCUGGCCUGCGCAGGGACGUAUUUCCGUAACCUCUUCGCCCGGGCCGCAGCCUCGUCCACCGCUGCCUUCUCCCUGGAGUUCAUCUCCCCGGCCAACUUCGAGAAGGUGCUGACGUUCGUCUAUACGGGGGAGAUCCUGAUCGACCUCAUAGAUGUCGGGGUGUUGUACGAGCUGGCGGAGAGGCUGGGCGUCAGUGAGCUUGUGAGGGCUUGCCACGCCACCUUCCCUGACCUGCAGGCAUCUGUGUCUGCAAACUGUAAGGCGGGCAGCCCCGGAGAGCUCACGCUGGACUCCAGCAUGGUGGCUGCUGCUGCUGCUGCUGCUGCAUCCACGGUGGCAGCUGUUGGUGCAGCUUCUGUCUCAGCAUCGUCUGUGUGUUCCUCUGCCGCCUCCUGCUCGUCUCUGUCUUCGUCCGCUGCCCCAACCCCUGCAGCUGCUCCCUCGCCUCUCUUCCAAGCCAGGACGGCGAGGAUCAGCCGGGAAGCUCACACUGAGGUCCUGCCUCUGGACCUAAAGGCAGAAGACAUGCAGUCUCACAUCGGAUACGGACAGAUGGCGGCAGAUCAUCAGCUUCCAGGACGACACGAUCUUCUAACCAGCAGCCAUUCCAGUCAGAGUGACAGCGUGCCGCCUCCGGUGCUCCAGCUGAAGACUGAGCAGGGUUUGGAGGAGGAGGCCGAAGGCAGCUGUGAGGACGGAGACGCAGGUGGACGGAUGGUUUCUGAGAGCGCAGGGAGCUCUCUGCCUCCUGCUGCGCCUCCUGACUCCUGCUCCUUCCCCGACUCCUCGGCUCAGCUCGGAGCUGAGGCCUGCGAUCCAUCGUCUUCCUCGGGGGAGCCUCUGGGCAGCCUGCAGGUGGGGUCGGUGGAGGGCGGCGUGGUGGACCUGCAGAGGGACGGCAGGCUGGUGUUUGUAGAGGUGGGGGACGGAGAGAAUGAGGAGACUCUGAAAGAGAAUGGAGCAAUGGAGGGGACAGAGGACGAGCAGUGGAGGCAGCUGGCAGGGGAGAUCAUCGAACUGAGCGACGAUGAGAACUUCAUGGAGGAAGGAGACGAGGAGGAGGACGAAGACGACCUGGUGUACGUGGAGAACGGGGAGGGAGGACACUCAAGCAGCCAGGUGACGGGGACUGUGCUGUCCUGUAAAGCGUGUGCGGCGCCUCUCCCAGCAGACCCGGCGGCCCUCAGGAGACACGCUGAGAGCCACCUGACGGAGCUGGGGCUCUGCAGAGUAUGUGGGUCCUCGUUCCCGGACCGCGGUGCCGGUGUUGCACACUCGCUCUCCCAUGUCGGGGUGCAGCUCUUCACCUGCGACAUGUGCCACCUGCAGUUCUGCAGCCAAAACAAGCUGCUGCGCCACCACCGCCACACGGCCUCCAGCUACACCAUCCCGCAGGCAGCGUUGACCAACGGCAGCCAGGGGAACAGCACCGAGCUGCAGUGUGCAGUGUGCACCAAGACCCUCAGCAAGGACUUCCAGACGGUCAAAGACCACCUGCUGAGCCACGUGUGUCCUCAGAGCCUGAGCUGCGGCGUGUGUCACCUCCCACAGCUCUCGCUGUGCUCCCUGCUGUGGCACGCCCUCGCCCACCUCUCGCUGCCCGUCUUCACCUGCCCGCACUGCGCCUGCUGCUUCGUCGAGCGCUCCCAGCUGGACAGACAUAUGACGGGACACGCGGAGGAGGCCGCGGCCAAGGAGCGGGAGCGGGCGGCGCUGCGGGCGUACAGAGCCGGGGCGGAUGGAGGCGGGGUGGGGGGAGCGGAGGAGCUGCAUUGCUUCCUGUGCCCGCAGACUUUCCGCUCGGCCUCGGCCUUCCAGUACCACCUCAGCCUGCACACCACAGAGUCCCUGGGGGGCGGGGGCGGGGGUGGGGGUCAGGGCUGGCUGGGCAAACGUAAAGCGGAGCAGUCUCUGGAGGGCCCGCAGUCUGCAGGGCUCGUUAAAAUGAGCAACCUGGGUCUGGGGCUGGGAAUGAGUUUCAGCAUGUCAGACAAGUUCUUCCAGGGCUCGGCCCACGGCCUGCCCCCCGGGGUCCUCGCCAACGGGAGCUCGGGGCAGGACGGGGGAGUGGGUGCAGCGGGCGUGCGGGGGAAGUGGUACAGGUGUCGCUACUGCGGGAAACGCUUCGCCCACUCGGGGGAGUUCACCUACCACCUCCGCAUCCACACCGGGGAGAAACCGUACCAGUGCAAAGUGUGUCUGCGCUUCUUCAGAGGCCGCUCCACCAUGAUCUGCCACCUGAAGACGCAUGCCGGCGCGCUCAUGUACCGCUGCACCGUCUGCGGCCUUUUCUUCUCCACGCUGAAGCUGGUGUCGUCGCACAUGGAGCUCCACAAGGACCACCUGCCCCCGGACUUCAACAUCGAGCAGACCUUCAUGUACAAUGAUCACUCUAAAGAGCCGCUGCCGGCGGUGGACACCUGAUGCGUCUCUGUCCCUGUCCCCUCUGUCUGUCCGACACGUCCUCUAUGUCUGGUUGUCGUGGACCACAUUCUGCAUAUAAUAGAAUAGGGCUGAAACUUAUGAUUAUUUUCAUUGACGAUUCGUUUUUUUGAUGACUUGAUUAAACAUCUAGUGUCAAAGAUGUCUAGGGCUGUACCGAAGAGCUGGAAAAAUAAUUCAUAACAUUCUAAAUCAAGAAAGGUUUUCAUGUCUGUUCAUUCUUAAAGCCAGUAUUUGAAGAUGAUGUUCAGGAUUAUUUCUUAGUUUUAUACUUUUUUUAGAAUACGUUUCCGGUGGUGGCUUCCUAUCGAUGUUUCUCGUGUGGUCCGAACAUUUCCAAUAACUGCAGAGCGUUUUAAGUUCCAAGAGGAAACAAUCCAACAGCACCUUAAAUUACAUUUAUACAUUAACCCCAACAAGCUGUUUCAGGGCGUGUUUUGCUCUUUUUACUUUUUCCUCACUGUGGCCUUGUAUUUGACUGCAAUGUAUAAAAUAUAUAUAAAUCUAUAAGUCCUGCAGCACCAUGGAAUCAGUUCAAUCAUGGCUAGAAGUGGGAACAACUCAAACAUGUCUUUGUGCAGAAUAACACAGUUACAAUGACAGAAAUCAUAAAAGAAAAACAAAGUUGAAUUUCUUUGAUAGAUUUCCCACGUGGCCACAAGUAUCAUGAAUAUUGGACUAAAAAAAUCUGGUCUCCACAUGCUACACAUAAUGAACAAUUUGCAUGUUUCCAGCCUCUCCUCUGUAUUUCUAACAGAAACUUUAAUUUCCCAUCACAGAGAGUUCAAAUUUUGAUGAUAAUGCCUGUUUUUACAGUUUCUUUUUACGACAAACUGUGUAUUUUUGCCUAUCACUUAAAGAAAACAUUUGUUUCAUGGGGCUCAGAGGGUUCGGUUAAUACUAUCUAGCAAACAAAAUAGUGAAAUAUUUAACAACAGCAGCUCUGAAUGUAGUAGAAAGACUUUCGGUACAGCCCUAAAAAUGUGGAAACAUUUAAAAAAAGGUUGGCACAAGGUAACACCUUCAAAUAGCUUUUUUUUUGUGGCAUUAGAGUCAAAAACUUAAUCGGUUUAUGAUGUUAUAGAAGUUUUACAAGCUGCAACAAGAAAUGAACUAAACAGCAGGUUUCUUUUCUGUUCGACUAACUGAUUAUUCUCGUUUAACUCUGUAUUAGUCUUAGACUUUUAGAAGUGAACAUUAUAGAUGCUGUUCACUGAGGUUUGCUCUCUGUGAACUCAGAUAAAAGCAGCCACGUGGUGGCAGUGUGUCCUGUUCUGUGGGUGAAAGAAAGGAAGCUGAUGGUUGUUGUGCAGCUCUGCUUGUGUUCAGUCUGUAUCUCUACAACUUUAAACAUGAGGAGAGGGUUUCUUUGUCAGUGGUUGAUAUUUAAACACUGUUAUUAAAUUAAAGUAGCACUUCGUUGUAGCAUAGAAAUUAUUUUCCUAUAUUUGCAGUCACUAUUUUCACACUUUUUUAUGUCUUUUAGAGUUUAAUUUUUCACUCCAUAGAUCAAAAACAAGACCAGCCACAUGAAAGAUUUUAUUUCUCAUUAAGAGGUAAAAUAAACAUCUUAUGUUUUGAUGUUAAAAAGUUUAUGAAUGCUGUCAGAAUCUGCCACAUGAUGUAUUCACUUGUUUGUGAAGUAUGUAGAAAUAUUUAAGUGCCCAUCACAUUUCUGUGUGAAAUUUGUGUCUUACCUCAUAUUUAUGACGAUAUUUAUUAUUUUUAUGCCUUUAUACAUUAUCUGUUUCUAAAGCUAUCUUUGAAUGUCUGCCUUUUUAAAAAAAAUGUUUUUUUGAAAAGAAUAAAAUAAAUGCCUCCAGGAAGACUGUUAUCACCCCGAGAUGAAUCUGUUUACGACGACCUUUUAAAGUCCACCCGUCAUCAGAAUUUCAGUGAUGAACUUGCAGAAAUCUGGGUAGACUUGUGAACCUCCUGCUUCCAGGGGCUGGUGACCUUUGCCCCUUUUUUUAAAGCCCGGUCUCUUCCUGCUAUUGUGCCAUCUGUGGACUGACCACCCCCCCACCCACCCCCCUUUCCUUUUUCUGCUUUCUUAUCAUCUAAACUGUUGAACGCGACACAUUCCAGAUGAAGACAGAAAUGGAAGUAAAUGUAAUAAAGCCUGCGAAGAGAGAGAUAGCUGAGUGCAAGAGCAGCAAAGUGUCUCAGUAAAAUAAACACAUUAAGCCUCAAAA